GAGAAGAAGUGACGUUUUCAGUCAGUCAGUAAGAAAACCUUGAAGAAUCUUCGUAAUAGUAGAGAACAAGUAUGCGGGAAGUGGUAGGGAAAUGCGGUAAUGGUAGGAUAUACCCAAAGUGACUAUAAACUAUGUUAUAGUCACUUUGGAUAUACCGGAAGGUCAUCACACGAAAAGCAUCUGUUCAAAAUAGCAUAAAGGAAAGCCUUUAAUGAUAAGUCAGACGGAAAACAAAACUUUGGUUUUAUCAAUGAUGAAACUAUUUCAAUCAUCAUGUGAAACCACAACAUGCAGACAUGGUAGACUAUCUCGCUCAAAAUGCUGAAAUGUUGACAAUAUACCGUACUGUCUGACUGUCUAGAAAUCCCUUCAUUUAUUUUAGAUUCAUUCAAAUUACAAAUGCUACGUUGAAUCGUCAACGCUAAUAACAUCACCCUUCUGUUGUUGCUCGAUUGUGCUUUCUAGCCUGAAUACAGGAAUAUAUGUUAUUGUAACCAGAGCCUAAAAUAAUAAUUUUUUGUGAAAAACAUGUUAUUUCAGUCUAUCAUAAUUGCUCUUUGAUUAAGAUAUUCUACAUUAUGGAAAAUUUUAUAAAAAUAUUAGAAACCGCCGAAGAUGUAUUUCCUUGCCUCAUCUGUAAUGAAAACUUCUCAUCAGGGCCAAGUUUGGAGAAGCACAUGUUUUUGCAUAUUCACGAUGAAAAUCAUUUAAUUGGAGAUUUGAAUGAAUAUGAAACUAUCAACAUUGACAUUGCAGAAACAAGUCAGUCUAUUAACUCUAAUGAGCAUUGUGGAGAAGUUAUUACAAAUAAAACUUUCUUACAAAGAGCUGGCGGAGAGAAAUCCGAUAUUCAUGCACAAUGUAGUAAAAGUUGGUUGAUUGAUUAAACUAACCCAGCACAUAAUUGCGAGCAACUUAACAUAACCUCUUUACCAGACAGAAAGUUACAAGCUAAUUCACUUGUUCAUACCAACAAAAGACCAGUGUCAGAUUUGCAAAUUUGCAGUGGAGAUGGACCAUAUGUUUGCAAACAAUGUGGGAGAAAAUUGAAAACGAAGCACAAUUUAAACAUGCAUAUGAGAACUCAUACCGGGGAGAAACCUUAUAUUUGUGAACAUUGUAAUAGGGGUUUUUCUCAAUCAUCUAGUUUACGUGGCCAUGAGCGAACCCAUACUGGGGAAAAACCUUAUGUUUGUAAACAAUGUGGCAGAGGUUUUUCCCAGUUAUCUCAUUUGCAUUUGCACAAACGAAUUCAUACUGGAGAGAAACCUUAUAUUUGUAAACGAUGUGGGAAGUGUUUUUCACAAUCAUCUCAUUUACAUAAACAUGAGCGAACUCAUACAGGAGAAAAACCUCAUGUUUGUAAACAAUGCAAGAAGUGUUUUUUGCAAUUAUCCCAUUUGCAAGUGCAUGAACGAAUUCAUACCGGAGAGAAACCUCAUGUUUGUAAACAAUGUGAGAAGGGUUUUACGCAAUUAUCCAAUUUGCACAGGCAUGAACGAAUUCAUACCGGAGAGAAACCUCAUGUUUGUAAACAAUGUGAUAAGAGUUUUCCUCAUUCAUCUAGUUUACGUAAACAUGAGCAAACUCAUAUUGAAAGAAGUCUUGACUGUGCCAAGAACGUAAGAUGGUAUUUUCAACCACAAUUUAUUCACAAGAAACAUUUACCGAUUCAUACUGAGGAAUAACAACAUGAAUAGCAUAGUUACUUGCGUUAAUCGUUGUGAAAGCAUAGGCUGAGUCAUUAAGUACCCGAACAUACACGUAAGAACUGCAUGUUUUAGAUUAGAAGAACGUGGAAAGUGUUUCUCAUACAAAAGAUCGUCAGAGAAAAUUUUUACUGUGGUACUUUUUUCUUGUGCAUGUGAUCAGCGACGAAAAGGCUUUACAGUGCGGCCAGGAGUUUCUAUAAUUAAAAUUUUGAAAAUUUGUACUAAUGCAUAAUUGUUCAUUUUGUCGUGUCCCUUUCGUGCAUAUUAGAAUAUAUGAUGCGUGACAACGCAGACCUAACAGAGUAAGCUUGUUUCCUGAAAGAAGAAGAUGGCCUUUUGGCAUCUUCUUCCGUCUUCAAGUACUGGAAAUUUGAAAUUGAUUUAUCCAAUACAACAAUAUACAUUACAGAAUUAUGAUUUCACAGUUUAUAUUGUAUUUUUUGAUGUUUUUUAUAUAUUGCACUGAAACAUGAUAUAUUCCUUCAAACCAAUUGCCCUCAUUCAAUUUUUUAUCGAAGGAUGCCCAAAUCUGAAUAAUUAACUACUCCAAAUACAUUUCAAAAUAAUAUUUUCAAAUAUGGAUAUCGAAUAGGCCUAUAUCAUAAAUUGGAUUAUUUUAACAGGGGAGUUUACACAAAUCAAUCAGAUCCUGAACUUUAUUGAUUUAUUUAUGAUACUCUGUAUUUAAAUGUGUAGUUUUUAUCUUUCAAAUUGUGUAUAUAGAUGGUAUAAUGCUCAGUUUAUAUAUCUAACUUGAUAUCUUAGUAUCAACCAUUGUUUUGAAAUAUUUUUCUGAUAAAAAAAAAGUUUGCAUAAUUUCAAUACUGAAACAACUGUGAAGAACCAUUCAAUAUUGAUAGAUUUCUAAGUGGUUUUUGGAAAUGCCUGGUAUUAUAAGUUUAUUACAGUAUGUUGACAAAAUUUGAACUUUUUGCCCAUUUCUGUAUCAAUAUUUUCUUAACCUUCUUAACAAUAUAGUAAAAAAAAAGGAUAGUUUACCUAUGUCAAUAUAGGAAAAUUUGACAAAUAAUUGCUGUAUUAUUAAUUAUCAUAUUAAUUGUUCAAUAUAAACAGUUUAUCAUAAACAAACAUCUCUUUGUUUACUCCCUUACUUACUAUCAUGCUGUAUUUUAACUAUACUUUUCUGAUCUAUAUUAAUGUAUUAAAUAUUGCAUAUUUCCAUUUCCAGAAGAAAAAAAAAGACAGCGUAAUUUG